AUGCGUCUGCUGCCCGCCCUUUCGCCUGAGCGGUGCGUCCGAAGUGUUGAGGUUGCGCAUUUGCUCGCGGAUGUCGUCCUCGUCGCCGUCGUCGUCCUCUUCGUCCUCGUCGGACAGACCCUCGAUGAUGCUGCUGGCGUCGGUGUCGUCCUCCUCGUCCUCCUCGUCCUCCUCGUCUUCCUCUCCGCUGCCGUCUUCCUCGUCUUCGGAAUGCGACAGAAUGCCGUCGAGAAGCCCGUCGCCCAGUUCGUUCUCGGACUCGCUCUCGGGCGGCGGCGGCGCCUCCUUGGCCACCGCUUUUCUCUUGCGCGGAUUGGCAGGCAUUUUGGCGGCAAGCGUGGUUGUGUCACAGUACUGUGCCUCGAGCCGCCAUGGCGACGCGCCACGCUGAUUCAUCAAGGUACGACCGCGGUCGCUACUCUCCGCCCCGCCGCGACAGAUCGAGGUCGCCAGCGCGACGCGACCGGUCACGGGACCGCUACAGCGACCGCUACGCCGGCAGCAGCAGGCGCGACGACCGCUACGGCGACCGGGACCGGGACAGAGGAGGGCGCGACCGCCGCCACGACCGAAGGGACCGCCGCCGCUCACGCUCGCCAGCAGGCCGCCGGGACAGCACCAGAGGGCCGACGCGCCGACAGGCUGAGCUCCGUCUCCCGUGACGAGAAGAAGGAGCCAGAGAAGCAGCAGGAAGACAAGCAGGCGGCGCGCGCAGCCAAGCUGGCAGAGUGGAAGAAGCGCAACGCGGAGCGUCUGGCAAAGGAGAAGGGGGGCGACCCGCCCAGCGCUGUGGCCUCACCCGCCAUCACUGCACCCUCGACGCCCACUGCCACUGCUGCAGCGCCAACAACGGCAGCAACGGCAGCAACGCCAACAACGGCAACAGCGGCAACAACUGCAGCACCGCUGGCGAGCGAGAGCACAGAAGAACCUGCCAAGGCCAAAGCACCCGUGAAGAGCGCUACUGAGAAACUCAAGCAGAAGCAACCCGAGAAGUCCACUUUCAAGCUCGACGAGUCGGCAGCUGCACGACCGCUCGCAGCCAAGCCCGCCGGCAGGCCCGUCACUACCAUGUUAACCAGCGCAGAACCUGCCGUUGCCCAGCAAGGCAAGACGAACGGUAACAUUGGCGCCUUCGGGCUGAAGACCAAGAACGCGCUAGACGAGACAGAGACAACGAAGAAGGCCUUCCUCGAAGACGACUCCGACACCGGCAAGCGAAAGUUCCAAGCGCUCCCAGCCUUUGCACCCAUUGACCAUGCUGACGCGCUCCCGGACGCCGACGAAGAAGAAGACGGAACUGCCUUGGACGAUAUGGGCAGUGACGACGAGGAGAACAACGCCCAGCUACAGGCUCAGCUUGAGAAGCGCCGCGCCGAGAUUGCUGCCAACGAGGACUCCACCAUGGAAGAAGCGCCGGCGGCCGAGGAGACCGUUGACAAGAUGGAGGUUGACGAAACUGCAGGCGCUGAAGAAGACGAGAUCGAUCCUCUCGAUGCCUUCAUGGCUGACCUGGCCGAGCCUGCGCCAAGUCGGUCAGCUCCCCAGGGCACAGCCAUGUUCAACGACGACCUCGAGCCCGAGCAAACGUCGGUCGAAGCCCAAGAUCUGCUCGCCAUGAGCGCACACAAGAAGAAGAAGAAGGAAGCGCCCGUCAUCGACCACGACAAAGUUGAGUACGAGCCAUUCCGUAAAAACUUCUACACUGAGCCCUCCGAAGUCUCUGCCAUGACGCCAGAAGAAGUCGCCGAUCUCAGACACGAAAUGGACGGCAUCAAGGUGAAGCCCGACGACGUGCCUCGUCCCGUCACCAAGUGGGCGCAGAUGGGUCUGCUCCAGGCCACCAUGGACGUCUUCCAGAAGGUGCGCUACGACAGGCCGACUUCCAUCCAAGCACAAGCCAUUCCCAUCGCUGAAUCAGGUCGUGAUCUUAUCGGUGUCGCCAAGACAGGUUCCGGCAAGACGCUUGGUUUCGGCAUCCCGAUGAUCCGUCACAUCUUAGAUCAGCGCCCACUGAAGCCCUCUGACGGUCCUAUUGGGUUGAUCCUAGCGCCCACACGAGAGCUGUCCCUGCAAAUCAAGAACGAGCUGAAGCCGUUCCUCAAGGCCUCCGGCAUCAAGAUUGAGUGUGCGUAUGGCGGAGAGCCCAUCUCCGAUCAGAUUGCUAUGAUCAAGCGCGGUGGCAUUCACGUCCUCUGUGCUACUCCUGGACGUCUCAUUGAUCUGCUGCAGAGCAACUCAGGUCGAGUCCUUAGCUUUAGGCGUAUAACGUACGUUAUCCUUGAUGAGGCUGACCGUAUGUUCGAUAUGGGCUUCGAGCCGCAGGUUAUGAAGAUCCUUGCAAACGUUCGCCCUGAUCGCCAAACCAUCCUCUUCUCUGCUACGUUCCCGAAGAACAUGGCUGCCUUGGCGCGAAAGGCGCUCAACAAGCCCGCCGAAGUCAUCAUCGGUGGUCGCAGUAAGGUCGCGCCUGAGAUUAUGCAAAUCAUCUCGCUCGUGCAACCCUCGUAUGAAAAGAAGAUUAUGAAGCUGCUUCUGCAUCUUGGACAGCUGUUCGCCGAGGACGAGAACGCGCAAGUGCUCAUCUUCACUGAAAAGCAAGAGACGGCCGAGGAUCUCCUUUCGAAGCUGAUCAAGGCUAAAUACUCCUCAGUCAACACGAUUCAUGGCGCCAAGGAUCAACAAGAUCGCAACGAAGCCAUCAACGACUUCAAGCAGGGUGUCCUCUCCGUUCUCAUCGCCACCUCUGUCGCUGCUCGUGGUCUCGACGUACCAGGCUUGGCUAUGGUCUUCAACUUUGACUGCCCAACACACUUGGAAGACUACGUCCACCGCUGCGGCCGCACAGGUCGCGCAGGCAACAAGGGCACGGCCAUCACUCUGCUCGAGAACCCAGGCCAAGAGCGCUUCGCUGUCCACAUCGUAAAGGCCCUCAAGGAGAGCGACACCGCUGUCCCCGAAGAAGUCCAGAAAAUGGCAGACACCUUCCUCGAAAAAGCCAAAGCGGGCACAGAGAAAUUCUUCGGCGGCUUCGGCGGCAAAGGCCUCGACCGCCUCGACGCCGCCCGCGCGCUCGAAAAGAAGCGCGAGAAACGCGCCCACAAGGUCGAAGGCGAGGAAGACUCUGACGAAGAAUCCGAACUCCCCGCGCUCAAGAAGCCCGAAGUCGCCGGCCCGGGCAUCGUCAAGGCUUCCGACGCGUCCGCCGCCAAGGCCGAAGAAGACCAGCCCGUCUGGAUGAAACUCCUGAACUCCAAGAUCGUGGUCCAGAAAACCGAACGCCCGGACGCGUCCAGCUCCGGCAAGCCCAUGAGCGCAAAGGAACGCGCGCUCGCGGCUGCAAACAAGGUCGACGGCCGUCUGAGCAAGAAGGGCAUGAUCCACGCCGGCCAGCCCAUCGACAACAAGGGCCCGGACGCCGGCUUGUACCACAGCACCAUCGAGAUCAACGAUUUCCCGCAAAAGGCGCGCUGGGCGGUCACGAACCGCACCAACGUCGCCAAGAUCCUGGAGAACACGGGUGUCAGUAUUACGACCAAGGGCACGUUUUACGGCCCCGGCAAGGAGCCGGGAGAGCUGGAUUUGCCCAAGCUGUAUAUCCUGGUCGAGGGCGAUACGGAGAAUGUCGUUACGCAGGCCAUGAUGGAACUCACGCGACUGCUGCGCGAGGGCACGAUUGCGGCCGAGGAUGCGUCUGCUGUGAGGGGACCGACGGGGCGGUACAACGUUGUCUGA